AUGACUACGGCCGUCUUUGACCACCAUGUCGACACCAUUCACCAAUCCCCAUUUUUAGCCAAAAGGCUUCCCAUUCCCUCCAUUGCCGCCCGCGAUGGUCCCGCCAUUGCCAAGCAGCUCAUCCGCAAUGCCCUCACCCGCCGUGUUGAGGCUGUUGACCACGAGCUCUGCGAGCCUGGCGAUGAGGACACCUUUUUUGUGGCUGAUCUUGGCGACGUUUACCGUCAGCACCUGCGCUGGAAGAAGAACCUCCCUCGUGUCCGCCCCUUUUACGCCGUCAAAUGCAACCCCGACCCUAUGGUCCUUCGGCUCCUCGCCGCCCUCGGCACCGGCUUUGACUGCGCUUCCAAGACCGAGAUUGACCAGGUCCUCGCCAUGGGCUGCUCUCCUGACCGCAUCAUCUAUGCUCAGCCUUGCAAGACAAACUCGUACGUCCGCUACGUCAAGGCUGCCGGUGUCCGCCAGAUGACCUUUGACAAUACCGACGAGCUCUACAAGAUCGCCAAGCAUUUCCCCGAUGCUGAGCUCUACCUGCGCAUCAUCACCGACGACACCUCCUCUGCCUGCCGCCUCAGCAUGAAGUUCGGUGCUCCCAUGGACACCACCGACAGCCUGCUCGCCCUUGCGAAGGAGCUCGGUCUCAACGUCGUCGGCGUCAGCUUCCACGUCGGUUCUGGCUCCGCCGACCCCAUGGCAUACUACCACGCCGUUAAGGAUGCUCAUCUCGUCUUCCAGCAGGCUGCUGAACACGGCUUCCACCUCCGCACCCUCGACGUCGGCGGUGGCUUUUCCGGUGCCACUUUUGAGGUCAAUGCUGCUGUCCUCAGCGGUGCCCUUGAUGAGCUCUUUCCAGCCUCUAGCAAUGUCGAAAUCAUUGCCGAGCCCGGCCGCUACUACGUCGCAUCAGCUUUCACCAUUGCUUGCAACGUCAUCGCCCGCCGCACUGUAGAUGACCCUGCCACUGGCGCCACCUCGUACAUGAUUUACAUCAACGAUGGCGUUUACGGCAACUUUUCCAACAUCAUGUUUGACCACCAGCACCCCGUUGCCAAGGUCCUGCGCCGCGACGGCGAGACUGUCUACGACACCGCUCUCGCCAGACCCGCAGUCGACGGCAUCGAGUACUCGGUCUGGGGCCCAACCUGCGACGGCAUUGACCGCAUCACCGAGAGCACCCACUUUGCUGGCCUUGUGGACGUUGGCGACUGGCUCUACUUUGAGGAAAUGGGCGCCUAUACCAAGUGCUCCGCCACCCAGUUCAACGGCUUCUCCAACGCCCACGACGUCAUAUAUGUUUCCUCGGAGCCUGCCGUCAAUGCUCUCGUCAGUAUCUAA